AUGCGUCUCCUCCCCCACAGUGUGGUGGUAUGCACAUCCAACCAACCUGGCGAUGGCCCACGAGCCAUGACAAUGUCAUCGUUUACCUCUCUUACACUUACACCGACGCCUCUUGUUACUUUCAACAUUGCAAUACCGAGUAGAACGCUGGAUGCUAUAAAAGCAAGCGGGGAGUUCAAUGUGCACGUUCUCUCUGGGGAUGAGAGGGGCGCAAGUGUAGCGAAUCACUUUACAAAAGGCAAUGUUGGCGGGCAUGCAUUUCAAGGACUUGAUUAUACUCAGGACGGCGACGAGGCGCCUGUUUUGAAAGAGGAGGGUGUCAUGUUUGCAUUACGGUGUAGGGUACUCAAGGAUGCCCCUGAAGAGGGUCUUGUGAGGGUGAGAGAUCAUGUUAUUGUGGUAGGAGAGGUGGUGGAGAUGGUGAAAGUUGAAGAAGCAGAGGAUGAGGAUUUUGGACUUGUGUAUGCGGACAGGAGAUAUAGACAAGUUGGAGGAGUGUUGGAGGUGUAA